CUUGUGUUGGUGAGCGAACUUCUGAACUUUGCACUAGUUGCGCUGCACGCGGUGUCUCUGCGACGCCGGUUCCAGUGUCUUCAGCUCCUCAAACUCGCGCGUUUCGUCGUAGAGAAAGUGUAUCUCGCAGUGUGCAGCCUGCCACCAAAGCACUUUGUCGACGAGACGCGCUACUGGCGGUUGUGCCAGUUGUGUACCAAGCUCCUUCGCAUGAUGCUUCGCGGACCGCUUUACGAGUGUAGUCAAAACGACCUCGCGGUGUUGGCUCAACGGGAGAUUUUUUGCAACAGUCUACUAGGUCCUUUGGCAGAACAACAGGCAAUGCAAGGAGUAGGAGCAACCGGCACAGCAACAGCCAGCGGAAACACGUCUGGCGUACCUCAAACCGGUGGACGAG